AUGAUAAGAAUUCCUUUUGGAGAAAAUGCUGCCCAUUUAGCUGCUGUUACUGUUACUAUUCGACGUAUUGCCUUUUUAAGGGCGACCCAUCUGAGAUCGAAAAAUUGCGACAAAUUUGUUUUUUCCUUAAACAAUGUGAAUAUAAUGGUUCAGCAGCGGCGUUAUGUCAAAAGGUCUACAAAACUUGAUUUUCGAAAUAUUACGGAAAAUACAUUGGCUGAUACGCCCUCAGGUUACAUUCAGGAUCCUGCUAAUCAUCCAAAGCAGAUGGUAACCUACAGGAAAAUAGCACCGGAGGAACACGCGCUCCUGGAGGAGAUGGAAAUUGAGUAUGAUUUGAUGCACCGUGAAGAGUUGGCAUACAAUGGUUACACAACAAUUGCCAUUCAGAAAUGGAAGGAAAUUGUUCUAAAGAGCAAUAGUACACCAGAGGAUCUUGAGUCCGCUUGCACCUACCUUCAAGAAACUCUUAACGAGAUGCAGAAUAUGAUUGGAUAUACAGUGAAAAAAAACCCCUCAACACGGUUGUUGCAAUCGUCCGUUUUACAAGGUGAGAAGGAUACAACCGAUGAACAUUUGAAUGUUGUUGUGAUUAGUGAAAAUGAUUGUAAUCAUGUGCGAUACAUCAUUGCAUUGGCAAUGAGAAGACUCCAGGAUUAUGAAAAGGCUGAGCAAAUAUGUAUGGAAAUCCUCUCAUCAGAUCACUCGAACUGUGAUGCCUUAGAGUCUCUUAUAGAGCUAUACACAGGCACUGAACAACCACGAGGGCUUUGCGAACUAUUUGACAAAAUUCAAACAUGGGAUAAUGAAGAAGAAACAAAAUCAAAUCGGACAGAAAACACCGUGAAACUUUCAAAUAAAGAACGUAAUGGAAAUGGAUCUCAUAUGUUGGAAGUUGCAAUGGUUCUUCUUUCAGAUAUGAUAGUAGAGGCAGGCUCAUUACAUUACAUGGAAAACGGGGAAGGGUCAACAUCUCGUUUCUUUUUAGAAGCUAUUUUUCCGAUCAUUCGUACAAUAGGUUCCCAAUAUACUUCGCUGUUUUUGGAAUCCGUUUUUCGAUCUAUGGAUGAACAGCACUUUGCAGCACGUUUGGAGAGUUCUUCGAAAAAUGCAUCAGAACAGACGGUGGGUGUGGUGAUCAGUUUUUUAAAGACGCUCUUGGCGCGGAAUUUGUAUGAGCUAGUGAGGGACCCUUUACGGUUUGAGUUUCAUAUUUUAUCUAAACUUCAUUCUGCCCUUCGAUACGUUGGGAGGAAACACGAGAGUUAUAAAAUUUGUGAACGCCUUAUAAAACUCUAUCGAGAAAAGUCCGGCAAAUACGAAUUACCAUCAGGAAGAAGAAAGCAAGAAAUUGAACAGGGAUUUCUUGAUGACCUGGAGCCUUCUUACAGAUUGGCCCUCUUUCAGUUUGUCGAGGAUCGAGCAAUGGACUCGGUGAUUGUUGGAAAGCGUUUGUGUAUUCAGGCCGUGGAAGAAUUUCCUGAAGAGGCAUCUCCAUGGGAAACUCUAGCGCUUUUGAUACAUAAAGAAGAUCCUAUCAAAGGAUUGGAUGAUGCUGUUGUUGCGGCAAAAAAAGCAUUUUCUCUCGAUCCCAAAAAUCUGAGUGUUGUUCUUCUUCUUGCAAACUUUUAUAAAGCACAGAAGCGAUACCAACUCUAUGAUACAAUGAUGGAUCGCUAUCGACUUUUAAAGUAUCUUAUUGAAUCUGGGGUGAGUGACGAAGAUAUGAAGGCUACAUUAGACGAAAUAGAAAAUCUUGACGAGCUUAACCCUCGUGAAAUGGAACCAGAUGAUUUUAGCGUACAGUUUGCGGAAUUGCGUGAACAUAACGACCGGAUGGAUAUGGUAAAUAGUUAUUCCAUGCCUAUUGAUAAAGAACCACGGACUUUUGGUAACCAACCGUUGUCAGCACCCAUACUAGAUCCCUCAAUUAACGCAGAUAAACCAAAUAGACUAACAGAUGCUGGAGACAUACCACAGUGA